CGUCUCGGGCCGCUUCCGGCCGCGCAGGCAUUGUGGGCCGCGAGCUGGAUUUGGUGGAUAUCAGUCCCCAGGUUCCCAGCUGGAGAAUCCCAGAGAAUAACCGUGAGCCUAGUGGCGGCUGGGGACAGAGAGGGCAUCGAAGAAGGAAGAUCCUAUCUGCUGUGUGGAGAAUGGAUGGGAAGAGAGAAAGAUCAUGCAGGAAUCAGCUGUAGGAGCGCAGUAUUCACAUAGGCCAGAAGACACCGUCUGAUCUCUUGGGAUGGAGUUACAGAGGCUGUGAGCUGCCAUGUGGUACCAAGCACAACUCUGAGCGACCCAGGCAUGUGGAUGGAGACUCAGCUGAGAGAAGGAAGAGACUCCUGAAGGUAGCCCUGUCAAGAUUGACUCUGGCUCCCCAUGUCUCCAGUCUAAUGGCCACUUUGGAACACUUCUGUCCAGCACUUUGAGGGACAAGCAUCCUUUGCUCAAGGGUCCAUCCCAGGAACUGACAUGGGACAGCAACAUGGAAGCAGGAAAGGUCUCACCCACAGGGAAGUCCCCCGGGGCGUUGGGCUGUUGCUCUCCUUGGCCCUUAUGAAUGCCGUCCUUUACCUCUGUCUCGACUGGUUUUUCAUUUCCCCUCGACCUCCGGAGGACCCGAGUCGCUGUCCUCAUGGUUACUUUAGGAUGGGACGGAUGAAAAACUGUUCGCGCUGGUUGUCCUGCGAGGAGCUGAGGACAGAAGUGAGGCAGCUGAGGCGCGUUGGGGAAGGAGCCGUGAAGAGAGUCUUUCUGUCCGAGUGGAAUGAGCACAAAGUUGCUCUCUCACGGCUCACCAGGCUGGAGAUGAAGGACGACUUCCUCCACGGACUGCAGAUGCUGAAGUCUCUGCAGAGCCAUCACGUGGUCACGCUGCUUGGCUACUGCGAGGAGGACGGCACUAUUCUCACCGAGUAUCACCCCUUGGGUUCCCUGAGCAACCUGGAAGAAACACUAAACCUUUCGAAGUACCAAGAUGUGAACACCUGGCAGCACCGGCUGCAGCUGGCCGUGGAGUAUGUCGCCAUCAUCAACUACCUGCACCAGAGUCCCCUGGGCGUGAGGGUCAUGUGUGACUCUAACGACCUGCCCAAAACGCUGUCUCAGUACCUGCUGACAAGCAACUUCAGCAUUGUGGCCAAUGACCUGGAUGCACUGCCCCUGGUGGACCACGCCUCCGGGAUCCAGGUGAAGUGUGGCCACAGGGAACUCCACGGGGAUUUUGUGGCUCCGGAGCAGCUGUGGCCUUAUGGGGGAGACACACCCUUCCGAGAUGACUUCAUGCCCUCCUAUGAUGAGAAGAUUGACAUCUGGAAGAUUCCGGAUGUCUCCAGUUUCCUUCUGGGGCACGUGGAAGGCAGCGAUAUGGUUCGAUUCCACUUGUUUGAUAUCCAUAAGGCAUGUAAGAGCCAGAUCCCCGCAGAAAGACCCACGGCUCAGGAUGUUCUGGACACUUAUCAGAAGGUUUUACAUUCGCUUAGAGACUCUGUGAUGUCUCAGACAAAGGAGAUGCUGUAAGGUCAGGCCGUUAAGUGAUGGACUUGACAGCUGAAUGGCAUCCAAGCUGUUCUACUCUUGGUGAUGGAAGUGCUUUCGUGAACCUCGUGAUUUGUGGAUGCAGGGUCUCCUCCACAUCUGCCUGCACAUCUGAGUGUGCCCUGCUUUCCCGACAAUCCAGAUGGAAGUAGCCAAGAGGGAAAACCUUGCUUUACUGUGCUUCCUGGUGAAGAUGCAGAGAAUUCAUGGAUCCACACGGUGUUUGAAGGAAGUGGUAAAACGGUAAUCAUGAAGACACAUCGCCUACUCCGGUAACCAUGUUUAUAGAUUGGUAGGAAAUGGGAAGAAACAUACACUAAUUCUUCAGAGAACAUUGCUCCUAAUUUGAGCAGUCCUGUUGGAAACUGGGGAUAUAGAGCCCAGUGGUCGGGUGCUUACCUGGUUCUUUGCAAAGCCUCGGAUAUGAUCCGUAGCAUACACACACACACACACACACUCACUCACUCAAAGACCGUUUUGGGUGUCCAAAGUGCAGCCCUCGUCAGUGAGGUCCUUGUCAGUGUUGGAGAUGACCGUCUGUGAAGGUUCCAUGCAGUUUCCUCUCACUGAGCCAAGUACGCUGUGGCAGCAUGCACUAGAGAGAGACGGUGAAUGGCUAGGACUGACUGCUGGGAACGGCAGGCUGCGGGGACUUCCUUACCUGCCUGGGAUGGUGCUGACCUGCGGUUUCUGGGUGAACGUUUCAUAUCCAGUGUUCCUCUUUCCUAGACAGUGUCGAGCCUCCCCGGGCUUGCACAACUGAACACCUUAAACAAAAACUGUGGCGCCAGGAAUGGUGGCGCACACCUGUAAUCCUAACGCCUGGGAAACAGAUUGGAGAAACUAAGAGUCCAGGCCUGUCAUGGGCUAUAUACCACGAUCCCAUCUGUCCACGCCCCCACCCCAAUAAAAAAGUCUCUCCUGUGGUGCUGGCAUCCUUAUUUUGGGAGACAUGAGAGAG